UAAAUGGCCUCGACUCUGCUGUCACCCAUGGUGGAUUAUUAUAACGACGAGGAAGAGCUAGACAGUGUGGAUGAAGAUGAAGAUCGCAGUUUCAGAGGCAGAGACUCAGAAGAAGACACAGAAGAUGCCAGUGAAACAGAUCUGGCCAAACACGAUGAGGGUGAUUAUGUUGAGAUCAAAGAACAGAUGUAUCAGGACAAAUUGGCAUCCCUGAAAAGACAGCUACAACAACUGCAAGAAGGCACACUGCAGGAGUACCAGAAGAGAAUGAAGAAGCUUGAUCAGCAGUAUAAAGAGAGACUGCGCAGCGCCGACCUCUUUCUACAACUUGAGACAGAGCAGGUGGAGAGGAACUACAUCAAAGAGAAGAAAGCAGCGGUGAAGGAGUUUGACGAUAAGAAAGUGGAACUGAAGGAAAAUCUUAUUGCAGAGCUGGAGGAGAAGAAGAAGAUGAUCGAGAAUGAGAAAUUAACUAUGGAGCUGACAGGAGAUUCCAUGGAGAUGAAACCUAUAAUGACCCGGAAGCUGCGGAGACGACCCAAUGACCCUGUGCCGAUUCCAGACAAGCGGAGAAAGCCUGCACCUGCUCAGUUAAACUAUUUACUCACUGAUGAACAGAUCACGGAGGAUCUGAGAACCUUAAACAAGCUUAAAUCUCCCAAAAGACCAGUGUCCCCGUCCUCUCCGGAGCACUUCCCGUCGACUCCGGUGGACGCUCCAUCCCAGCGCUACGAGGCACGGAUCGAGGAGGGCAAACUCUACUAUGAUAAGAGAUGGUACCACAAAGGUCAAACAAUCUAUCUGGAGUCCAAGGAGAACACCAAGAUCAGCUGUGUCAUCAGCUCUGUGGGGACCAAUGAGAUCUGGGUGAGAAAGACAAGCGACAGUACGAAGAUGAGGAUCUAUUUAGGACAGCUGCAACGAGGGGCCUUCAUCAUCCGACGCCGAUCUGCAGCGUAGACGUCCUGUGUGUGUGUGUGUGUGUGUGUGUGUGUGUGUGUUUUUUUUUUUUAAACAAACAUUUUUAAGCUCUUCCUGUUUUACCAAGUCAGUUACUACAUGCAUGAAAUUUCCUCCUGCUUCUCAUAUUAUUUUUCUAUCACUCUCACACAUAUGGAAUAGAUUUCCCAACGAAUAUCAUGAAAUGUUUCCCGUUUAUGUUUAUUUUUGUCUUUUUGUUCUCUAUGAACUCAGCAAGAGCUCAAAACACUUUGGGAUUGUAUUCUAUUACAGUGAGGCAUUUACAAAUCGUAUUUAGUUGUAUUUUUCUUUUCUUUGAUAUGUAAUGCCAUAAUCUGUUCUCUCCAUGCAUUUGAAAGUUUACAGGAUUUGAAAUUACUUUGCUAGUUUUAAUUUUGUAUUCAGUUGAAUAUUAAAUAAAUUUGGCUCAAACAGUGCAAAACAA